GUGAAGCUGCCCAGCAUAGUGAGCUCCAAUAGCUCACUCGGUCGAUGGGUCUCCGGAUUCUUCCGUCCGAAUUUUAUCCUGUUUGGAACAAGUGUCAAACAUACAUUUCGAAUGAUCAAGUUGAAAACUUGAGGGCUACUCAGCGACAUUUCGUGGGCUGUUCAAGCAUGGACCCUACCGAGAACCUUAGGUCCUGCUCGGGGCGGAGCGGGGCAUGUUGCCUCUGCGAGAUGAGCAGAGCUCCGUAUAAAGUCGGACAGUUCUGUUGAAUUCCUCAGACAGUGAGGGAAGCAGGUCAUUCUUCGAUCGCGAGCGAUUAAGAGUUUCGCCGAGAUCCAGCUCGUCGGUUCAGGAGAAGGAGUCAGUCGGCAGCGAUGGGGAAGGAGAAAUUUCACAUCAACAUCGUGGUCAUCGGCCACGUCGAUUCCGGGAAAUCGACAACGACGGGGCACUUAAUCUACAAGCUGGGCGGGAUCGACAAGCGAGUGAUCGAGCGGUUCGAGAAGGAGGCGGCGGAGAUGAACAAGAGAUCAUUCAAGUACGCCUGGGUGCUGGACAAGCUGAAGGCGGAGCGCGAGCGCGGAAUCACGAUCGACAUCGCUCUGUGGAAGUUCGAAACCAACAAGUACUACUGCACCGUGAUCGACGCCCCGGGCCACCGCGAUUUCAUCAAGAACAUGAUCACCGGCACGUCGCAGGCCGACUGCGCCGUGCUCAUCAUCGAUUCCACCACCGGAGGCUUCGAGGCCGGCAUCUCCAAGGACGGCCAGACGCGCGAGCACGCGCUGCUCGCAUUCACGCUCGGCGUCAAGCAGAUGAUCUGCUGCUGCAACAAAAUGGACGCCACCACGCCCAAGUACUCGCACAAUCGCUACAAUGAGAUCAUGAAGGAGGUGUCGAACUAUCUGAAGAAGGUGGGCUACAAUCCUUUGAAGAUCCCCUUCGUGCCCAUUUCGGGCUUCGAGGGCGACAAUAUGAUCGAGCGAUCGGCGAAUCUCGAUUGGUACAAAGGCCCGACGCUGCUCGAGGCUCUGGACGGCGUGUCGGAGCCGAAGCGCCCGUCGGACAAGCCGCUGCGCCUGCCGCUGCAGGACGUGUACAAGAUCGGCGGCAUCGGGACCGUGCCGGUGGGGCGCGUCGAGACCGGCGUGAUCAAGCCCGGCAUGGUCGUGACGUUCGCGCCCACCGGCCUGACGACGGAGGUCAAGUCGGUGGAGAUGCACCACGAGGCUCUCCUCGAGGCCCUGCCGGGUGACAACGUCGGGUUCAACGUGAAGAACGUCGCGGUGAAGGACCUGAAGCGCGGCUUCGUCGCGUCCGACUCGAAGAACGACCCGGCCAAGGAGGCCGCCAACUUCACGUCGCAGGUCAUCAUCAUGAACCACCCGGGCCAGAUCGGCAACGGGUACGCGCCGGUGCUCGACUGCCACACGUCGCACAUCGCCGUCAAGUUCGCCGAGAUUCUGACCAAAGUCGACCGGCGGUCCGGCAAGGAGAUCGAGAAGGAGCCCAAGUUCCUGAAGAACGGCGACGCCGGCUUCGUCAAGAUGGUCCCGACCAAGCCCAUGACCGUCGAGACGUUCGCCGAGUACCCGCCUCUGGGUCGCUUCGCCGUGCGCGACAUGCGCCAGACCGUCGCCGUCGGCGUCAUCAAGGCCGUCGAGAAGAAGGACCCCACCGGCGCCAAGGUCACCAAGGCGGCCGCCAAGAAGAAAUGAACCGCAAGUCCCGAGCCGGCCGGUCCGAUCUCUUGCCCUUCGGUCGUCCCCUGGCCGUUGCUGGCUCGUCGCGAGCAGACCUGGGUGCUGGAUAGACGGUGGCGAGGGUCAGAUGCGCCUUCCUUCACUGCUCUUUCUCCCAUUCCCUUCGAUCUACAGCACUCCACGUCAUCAUCUGGUGCUCGGAGAAUUUUUCCCAGUCUCCGAUCGUGCGCCAUCGCCGCGUAGGCUCGAGACUGUCCAAAAUCCUUCGCAGAGAUUGGAAAACUCGUCGGACGAAGCUCGCUCUCGAGCUCUUUCGGCAGGCACGAUCUUGAGGACCAAAUUAAUUGAUUACAGUAUUCUGUACGCGAUGUUGGCAGCGAUUCCCGUGACACGGUUCGUUAUGAAUUGCCCGACAGCACCGGAGCUUUCUCCAAUUAGUUUGAACUUGAAGUCCAGCUUUCUAGAAUGCUGUUCUGCUCUAGCUGGUUCGCAAUCUGCGUGCUUACAUCUGAGGCUACGCUUGUACUUAGCUCAGGAAUUGCAGAUCUGAUCAUAUGUCUUUUCUUAUUUUUUCAAUCAUUAUAAUUAGUAUAAUAUAUCAUUAUUGCUUUCCAUGGCUCCACAAAUUGUGUGAUUUUUCUAAGCUCUAGAUUCAUGAGAGACGAUGAGACUGCCAGACUGAUACUUUUCAGGCUAGCUUCGUACAUUGCAAUAAUAUUUCUGUUACCGACGUGAGAUUCCAGCCAAUUUUUUGUGCGUGUUGAUGUUCUUUCUUAUAUAUGAUUGAAGAAGCACUAUGAGCGCCAAAUAAAAACGUGGCAAAGUUUUGUGACCUGUUUCAAUCAAUAAGAACUGGUUAACUGGUUAAUAC